CUUAAACAUCAAACAUCCCCCAAAUUCUCAUCCCAAUCGAUGCCUAGCGAUUUGGACAGACAAAUUGAACAGCUCAUACGUUGUGAGCCAAUAUCUGAAGAAGAAGUGAAGCGAUUAUGCAUCAAAGCGAGAGAGAUAUUGAUUGAGGAAGCCAACGUACAAGUGGUAGACUCGCCAGUAACGAUAUGUGGAGAUAUUCAUGGGCAGUUCUGGGACAUGAUGGAGCUAUUCAAGGUCGGCGGGUCAUGUCCAGAAACAAACUAUCUCUUCAUGGGCGAUUUCGUGGACCGCGGAUUCUACUCUGUGGAAACGUUUCUCCUGCUCCUUGCCCUCAAAGUCCGCUACCCGGAACGCAUGACACUCAUCCGCGGGAAUCACGAGUCGCGACAGAUCACCCAAGUAUACGGCUUCUACGACGAAUGCCAGCGCAAAUACGGUAGUAGUAACGUCUGGCGGUGGUGCUGUGAGGUGUUUGAUUACCUGGCGCUUGGCGCAGUGGUUGAUGGGCGAGUGUUCUGCGUGCACGGCGGCCUCAGUCCGAAUUUGCAGGGCAUCGACCAGAUUCGUGCCAUUGAUCGAAAACAAGAAGUCCCGCACGACGGACCCAUGUGCGACCUACUCUGGUCAGACCCAGAUGACAUCACCGGCUGGGGCCUCUCCCCGCGCGGCGCGGGCUUCCUCUUCGGUGCAGAUAUCACUAAGGUGUUUGCGCACCAUAACAACAUCGACCUCAUCGCGCGGGCGCAUCAGCUCGCGAUGGAGGGUUUCAAGCUUAUGUUCGAUAACACGAUCGUCACCGUAUGGAGUGCGCCAAAUUAUUGCUACCGUUGCGGCAACGUCGCUGCCGUUCUUGAGCUGGACGACCGCCUCGGACAAGAAUACAAGGUGUUCCAGCAUGCACCGUCGGAUGUAAGGUCAAUACCUGCAAAAAGGCCGCCUGCGGACUAUUUCCUUUAGCGCGCAUACGGAACUCGCUUUUCUAACUGUAUCUUUAGGGUUCAUAUAAUUGCUUCUGGAUGUACUCAUGCCAGA